CAUGAUCCUCGUCAUAGGGAACACCACAAGCUACGACACCAGUACUACAACCAAGGCAAACAGAGCUCAAAAUGCGCUGAACCUCCCGUAUCAAAGCUCUUCAUUCUGAGCAUCGAGAAUCCUGCGUCUCAUUCACGUCGAUAGCACUCGAUUGAAAUAGCGACAAUGACGUCGUCUUCAGGUCCGGCGAGACCAGCAUCGCCGUCAAACAGCUUCUACGCCCUCAGCGACGAUGAAGAAGGCGAAUACAAUACCAUUACACACACGACUUCCGGUCGAGGAGUCAAGCUCCUCUUCUCCAAGAGCAAGGUCUACAUCCACCCCACUCCAUCUGCGAAAGACAAUAUCCCAGGCUACAUUGCUCUCCUCCAGCAGAAGCCUCCCCCUGAUUCCCGACCUACUUCUUCCGGCUCAGCAUCUGCGAGAUUGAAGACGGCGAGUAGCCUCCUCCUGGCUUGGUUGCCGGAACAUAGUCUGGGAGAUGCUUUGGAUACCUAUGUGAAGGUUGAUCUCAGCGAUGGAGACUCGCCCCCAAAACAAUCAUACCUGGUUCCUCCGCCUCCAACGACGACCACGCAUUCGGGGUCUGUAGGCCAUUAUGCGUAUGCGAUCCCCGUCUCGGCUGUAUACUCGCUGCUCGUCCGACCACCCAGUCUGGGCUGGUGGUUCGGCAGCGUGAUCAUCAAUUCGCGGGCCGGUGAUAGUUUUCCCGCGCUGUUCUUCCACGAUAGUGAGUGCCAGAGCACGAUUCUGCAGAAGAAGAAGCAUGCGAGGGAGAACUUUGAUCCGUUUGGGGCGAAUGGGGAGAUGUUUUGGGGUGGGGAUGAGGUGCUGAGGUGGUUGAGACGGUACGUGGAAGUCGAGAGGAGUGGUGCGGAGCCGAAUAUCUAUCUGAUUGAACCGUCGGCGGAGGAUAAAGCUGCGUUCGGAGGGAAAGUUACACAGGCGGCGGUGGUGAGGAGGCCGAGUAGUAGCGGGGUGCAAGUGGGAGGUGCGGCGGGCGCGAAUCCGAGGGGAACGGGAGAUGCGCGGAUGGAUCCUGUGACGAAGUUCGUGAAGGAGGCGGGGUGGAAUUUAAUGGAGAAAUUUAGCAAGGUUACGACGUUUACGAGACGGACGGCUGAUUCGGUCAUUGAGAAUCCGAGGGUUCCGCCGCAGGUUAGACGGUUGCUCAAGAAUCCGGAAGUCCAAACUCUGCAAGAGGAAUUCGAUAGUGCGAGGAUAUACCUUGCGAGGUGGGCGAUGGGUAUUGCGGAGCAGAGCGAGAGAGACAGAAAUCAGAGGAUCUGGACUGCGAGAGAUGUGCUGGAGAUGGAGGAGACUGACGUGGGAGAAUUUGAGCUACUGGAUACUGAAAUGGGAAAUCUCAGUUUGAAGGAGCUGAGGAAGACUGUUACGAUGAAAGAGUGGACUAGCUUCUUUGAUCCAAGGACGGGCAGACUUCAGGUCACCGUUGACGAGGUCAAGGAGAGAAUAUUCCAUGGUGGUCUUGAUCCAGAUGAUGGGGUACGAAAAGAAGCUUGGUUAUUCCUGCUCGGUGUCUAUGAUUGGGAGUCUACCUCCGAAGAUAGAAAAGCGGAAAUUGCCAGUCUAAGAGACGAGUAUGUCAGGCUGAAAGGAGCAUGGUGGGAUCGUCUCGUUGAUCUUGGUGGUGAAGGCGAGGAAGGAGAAUGGUGGCGUGAGCAAAAAGGUCGAAUAGAGAAAGAUGUGCACCGAACAGAUCGUACCAUCCCCCUAUUCGCAGGCGAGGAUGCGCCACACCCAGAUCCAUCGUCCCCCUUCGCAGACGUCGGGACAAACGUCCAUCUUGAGCAGAUGAAAGAUAUGCUACUUACUUACAACGAAUACAAUCGUGAUCUCGGCUACGUCCAAGGCAUGUCUGAUCUUCUCGCUCCGAUUUAUGCCGUCAUGCAAGACGACGCAAUCGCAUUCUGGGGUUUCCAACAUUUCAUGGAUCGAAUGGAACGGAACUUUCUCCGUGACCAAUCAGGGAUGCGGAAACAGCUUCUCACUCUUGACCACCUAGUCCAACUCAUGGAUCCGAAACUCUACCUUCAUCUCCAGUCCGCCGAUUCUACGAAUUUCUUUUUCUUCUUUCGAAUGUUGCUUGUCUGGUACAAGCGAGAAUUCGAAUGGUUAGACGUUCUUACGUUAUGGGAAAGAUUAUGGACGGAUUACUUGAGUAGUAAUUUCCAUCUUUUCAUUGCACUGGCGAUAUUGGAGAAGCAUCGAAGUGUUAUUAUGGAGCACUUGAAACAUUUUGACGAGGUGUUGAAAUAUGUCAACGAGCUCUCAAAUACAAUAGACUUAGAAUCGACCCUCAUCCGCGCCGAAGCUCUCUUCCGCCGCUUCCAAAGAACUGUCGAAGCCAUCGACAAGAAAUCCAACUUCCCAGCCCCCAAACUUAGACAUAGAGUCCAGAACGCUAGUAUCGGCUCCACACAGUCUCUUCGCUCUCCACCGGCUUCACCUGGUGCUACGGCUAAUACCAGUGGUACCGAUACAACGACUGCGGGAGCAACAAAUAGUGGUGCGGGUUCAAGUAGUCCAGCAAGGCAAGCAGGCAGUGCAGAUAAGGGGAAAGGGAAAGCCAAAGAUGAAGGAGAGUUGGAGGAGCAGAGACCGAAAGUUAUCAGUCCUGAAUUGAGGGAGCUGUUGAGCAGGAAGGUGGAGGUGCUACCCAGGAAGGUGGUUGCAAAGACAGGGGAGGGGUUGAGUAGUCUAGGGAAGGAUGGGUCGAAAUAGGUUCGAAAUUGAGGGUGUGGCGUUUGGAGGGUGUAUAGCUAUGGGAACAGGUAUUAGGAGAGCAUGGACUAACAAACAUGCAAUCGGAACACGAUUUGGCACGAUAUAGGUAUUGGCAUUAGCAGCAAGAAUUGAGACACACGUGACGUUCCUCUCUG